GCGGGGAGGGGGGGGGGCGGCGAGCGAUGGAUGAGGACAACAUGACGAGGAGCGAGGAGCAGGAGCUGAGUCUGCAGAAGGCGCUGCAGCAGUGCGAGCUGGUCCAGAACAUGAUCGACAUCAGCAUCUCCAACCUGGAGGGGCUCCGCACCAAGUGCGCCGCCUCCAACGACCUCACGCAGAAGGAGAUCCGCACCCUGGAGAGCAAACUGGUGAAGUAUUUCAGCCGGCAGCUGUCCUGCAAGAGGAAGGUGGCCCUGCAGGAGCGCAAUGCCAAACUGGAGGGCUUCCCCCAGCUCCUGCACUGGUUCCGCAUCGUCGACAUCCGCAAGGAGGUGAUGGAGGAGAUCGCCCCCGGGCAGCUCAGCCUGGAGGAUCUGCUGGACAUGACCGAUGACCAGGUCUGUGCCACCGUGGAGAAGUUUGGGGCCAACAGCGAGGAGUGUGCCCGGCUGAACGCGUCCCUGUCCUGCCUCCGCAGCGUCCACAAGUCCGGCGGGAGCCUCUCCAAGCAGGACUGGACCAUCCAGUGGCCGAGCACGGAGCCGGGCAAGGAGAACAGCCCGGGCUGCCCCGCCGAGCCGGGCCCCUGGGGCAGGACGCACCCGAGCCCCAAGCUCCAGCCCAAGUGCGGGCAGCACCACUGCCACGCCGGCUCGUCCCACGGCCCCGUGUACACGCACGUGGACCGCCUGACCGUGGAGGGCCACCCGGGGCUCUGCCCGCCCCUCGAGUCCGGCCACCGCUCGCUGCCGCCGUCGCCGCGGCAGCGGCACGCCGCGCACACCCCGCCGCGCACCCCCAACAUCGUCACCACCAUGACGCCGCCGGGGACCCCCCCCGUGCGCCGCAGGAACAAGCUGAAGCCCCCCGGGACGCCCCCGCCCUCGUCGCGGAAGCUGAUCCACCUCAUCCCGGGGUUCACGGCGCUGCACCGGAGCAAAUCCCACGAGUUCCAGCUGGGGCACCGCGUGGAUGAGGCGCACACCCCCAAAGUCAAGAAGAAGAACAAGCCCCUGAACCUCAAGAUCCACAACAGCGUGGGGAGCUGUGAGAACAUCCCGGCCCAGCGCUCCCCUCUCCUCUCCGAGCGCUCCCUGCGCUCCUUCUUCGUGGGGUACCCGCCCUUCCUGCCCUCCACCCCGCCCGUGCACACCGAAGCCACCUUCUCUGCAAAUACGCUGUCAGUGCCUCGCUGGUCCCCGCAGAUCCCUCGGCGGGAUUUAGGAAACUCCAUAAAACACAGGUUUUCCACCAAGUACUGGAUGUCUCAGACCUGCACCGUCUGCGGGAAGGGAAUGUUGUUCGGCUUAAAAUGCAAAAACUGCAAGCUCAAGUGCCACAACAAAUGCACCAAAGAGGCCCCCCCGUGUCACCUGCUGAUCAUCCACCGCGGAGGGAGACGAGCCGCUCGGGGCGAGGCAGAUUUGCAUUGCAAACCACUUCCACCCACCCUCCCCCUGCCUCCUUUUCUUUUCAGAUUCCCCACCGCACGGGCGAGGUUGGUCCGGACAGAGUCGGUGCCCUGCGACAUCAACAACCCCCUGCGGAAGCCCCCCCGGUAUUCGGACCUGCACGUCAGCCAAACGCUCCCCAAAACCAACAAACUCAACAAGGACCACAUUCCGGUGCCCUACCAGCCAGAUUCCAGCAGCAACCCCUCGUCCACCACCUCGUCCACGCCGUCCUCGCCGGCGCCGCCGCUGCCCCCCAGCGCCACGCCGCCGUCCCCGCUGCACCCGUCCCCGCAGUGCCCGCGCCAGCAGAAGCAGUUCAACCUGCCAGCCUCCCAUUACUACAAGUACAAGCAGCAGUUCAUUUUCCCAGAUGUGGUGCCUGAGACGCCGACCCGAGCCCCACAGGUCGUCCUGCACCCCGUCACCUCCAACCCCAUCCUGGAAGGAAACCCAUUGCUUCAAAUUGAAGUGGAGCCCACCUCGGAGAACGAGGAAGGCGCCGAGGAGGUGCAGGAGUCCGAGGACGACUUCGAGGAGAUGAACCUCUCGCUGCUCUCGGCGCGCAACUUCCCGCGCAAGGCCAGCCAGACCAGCAUCUUCCUGCAGGAGUGGGACAUCCCCUUCGAGCAGCUGGAGAUCGGCGAGCUCAUCGGCAAGGGCCGCUUCGGGCAGGUGUUCCACGGGCGCUGGCACGGGGAGGUGGCCAUCCGCCUCAUCGACAUCGAGCGCGACAACGAGGACCAGCUCAAGGCCUUCAAGAGGGAGGUCAUGGCCUACCGGCAGACCCGGCACGAGAACGUGGUGCUCUUCAUGGGGGCCUGCAUGAGCCCGCCCCACCUCGCCAUCAUCACCAGCCUGUGUAAAGGACGGACUCUCUACUCCGUGGUGAGGGACGCCAAAAUUGUCCUGGAUGUCAACAAGACGAGGCAGAUAGCACAAGAAAUUGUGAAGGGGAUGUGAUACCUGCAUGCCAAGGGCAUCCUCCACAAGGACCUCAAGUCCAAGAAUGUCUUCUACGACAACGGGAAGGUGGUGAUCACCGACUUUGGGCUCUUCAGCAUCUCUGGGGUUCUCCAAGCGGGCAGGAGGGAGAACAAGCUGCGCAUCCAGAACGGCUGGCUGUGCCACUUGGCCCCCGAGAUCAUCCGGCAGCUCUCUCCCGACACCGAGGAGGACAAGCUGCCCUUCUCCAAGCACUCGGAUGUCUUUGCACUGGGCACCAUCUGGUACGAG